UUAGGGUUUUUUAGUACUGUGACUAGUUAAAAGUCUUUCCUCACACCUUUCUUUCUGCUGCAGCCGUCUUCGUCUCUGAGAUAACAAAGGGCUUUUAGUUUAAAAGGCAUUUCAAAGAGACAAACAUGUCGGGUGACGAGGCUGCUGCUCCAGUUGUUGUUCCUCCCGUUGCUGAGCCAGCGGCUAUAAUCCCAGAGGACAUGGACUUGUUGACUGCAUUGGAGUUGACUCUUAGGAAGGCCCGUGCUCAUGGUGGUGUUGUUCGUGGUCUCCAUGAGAGCGCUAAGCUUAUCGAGAAGCGUGUUGCUCAGCUCUGUGUAUUGGCUGAAGACUGUAACCAGCCAGAUUACGUCAAGCUUGUUAAGGCUCUCUGCGCUGAUCACAACAUCAACUUGCUUACUGUUCCAAGUGCCAAGGCCCUCGGCGAAUGGGCUGGUCUCUGUAAGAUUGACUCUGAGGGUAAUGCUAGAAAGGUUGUUGGAUGCUCCUGUCUUGUAGUCAAGGACUACGGUGAGGACACGACUGCACUCAACAUCGUCAAGAAGCACAUUGAAUCUAAUUAAGUUUUAAGAAGCAUUUGGAAUCUCGAUUUACAAAUGUUUUUUUUUUUAUCUCAAAUCCUCGAUGCUGUUUUCUACUGGUUUUGAUAUUUAAUAUGUUAGCAGACACCUCUCGAGAUUUGUUUGGAUUAUAAACAAGUUUUGCUGUUAUGUAGUCUCUGACUCUCUGCUCUUCUAGUGCCCAAUUUACUUCUUGA